AUGUGGAAAGUCAGCAGCAAAGGAAGUACAUAUCAAAAUGGAAAAGCCUUGUCAUCCGAGACUAGGAGGGCUAUUAUUGAUAAAAUAAUUCUUCGAGGUGGUCAAAAAGAAACCGGUGUGUUUCAUGGCAAAUUGCUGGAUGUCGCAACUGAAUUGAAUUUGUCGUGUUCAGUGGUUUCCAAAAUAUGGAGACAGUAUUGUCAGACCUCUUCAUUUUCACCGUUGAAAAAAACAACCGGGAAUAAUAGUAGUUUGUCUGACGGUGAUUUACAACUUUUGGAGGUAAUAAAAAGACAGCGGCCAUCAACAAGUUAUAAUGAAAUUUUGAAUGUCCUAUUUGACGUUGGCGAUUUACCAACUGGUUCUACUUCAAAAACGGCUGUGUGUAACGCUGUUCGGAAUCGUUUGCCUUCUGGUAAAUUUACUUACAAGAAAAUAAAUAAAGUUGCUCAAGAACGGUUUUCCUUGCAGAAUAUGGCCUACACACAGUUGUUCAUCGACUAUUUGCACGAUAAAGAUCCAUAUACGGUACAAUAUUUCGACGAAUGCGGCGUAAAAUUACCAGGCAAUGGUACGAGAUCUUAUGGCCAUGCUCCAGUGGGCGAAAGAGCAAUAGAAAUUAUCAGAUACUGUGAAACGGCAAACACAACUGUGAAUGUUUUGUGUUCACUAUUUGGUGUAACAUAUGCGAACAUUGUAGACGGUCCAUCUAACACAACCGAAUUUUUGAGAUUUUUUGAAGAAGCGUACAAUUCUGUUCACCCAACGACAGGUCGACCAUGCCUUGAGGCUGGUAACACAAUUGUGAUGGAUAACUGUCCCUUUCAUCACAAUGAUGGAGAACAUGUACUGCGCGAGUUUCUCGAGGACCUAAACAUAGAACUGGUAUUUAUGCCCACGUACAGUCCUGAUUUUAAUCCAACCGAAUAUGUUUUUGGUAAAAUGAAGUGUUUGUUGAAACACAAGUUUUGGGAUUUAACAAACAAUAAUUUACGACUUGCAGUUUACAAUGCAAUCAAUUUUAUAACCCCAGGCGAUAUGCACGAGUUCUAUCGAGUAACAGAAUAUUUAGAUAUUACUUAG